GGGGGCGGGCGGGGACGCUCCCCGCCGGCCUGGGCCCCUCGGCACUGCCAGGUGUGGAUCCAUGGGGUAGCCCCAACGCAUCUGCCCUUCUGCCCCAGCCAGCUCAUGCCUCAGUACCCAGGGACAGUGAACAGAGCCCUGGCUGGAGCCCAAACAUGUGGGGCCUGGUGAGGCUCCUGCUGGCCUGGCUGGGUGGCUGGGGCUGCAUGGGGCGCCUGGCAGCCCCCGCCCGGGCCUGGGCAGGAUCCCGGGGGGGCCCAGGACCAGUGCUGCUGCGGAACCGAAGGAGCUGGGUGUGGAACCAGUUCUUUGUCAUUGAGGAAUAUGCCGGUCCAGAGCCCGUCCUUAUUGGUAAGCUGCACUCGGAUGUGGACAGGGGCGAGGGCCGCACCAAGUACCUGCUGACCGGGGAGGGGGCAGGCACUGUAUUUGUGAUUGAUGAGGCCACAGGCAAUAUCCAUGUCACCAAGAGCCUGGACCGGGAAGAGAAGGCACAGUACGUGCUGCUUGCCCAAGCCGUGGACCGAGCCUCAAACCGGCCUCUGGAGCCCCCGUCAGAGUUUAUCAUCAAGGUGCAAGACAUUAAUGACAACCCACCUAUCUUUCCCCUCGGGCCCUACCACGCCACAGUGCCCGAGAUGUCCAAUGUCGGGACGUCAGUGAUCCAGGUGACUGCUCACGAUGCCGAUGACCCCAGCUACGGGAACAGCGCCAAGCUGGUGUACACUGUGUUGGAUGGACUGCCCUUCUUCUCUGUGGACCCCCAGACGGGAGUGGUGCGUACUGCCAUCCCCAACAUGGACCGGGAGACGCAGGAGGAGUUCUUGGUGGUGAUUCAGGCCAAGGACAUGGGCGGCCACGUGGGGGGGCUGUCGGGCAGCACUACGGUGACGGUCACCCUCAGCGAUGUCAACGACAACCCCCCCAAGUUCCCUCAGAGCCUAUACCAGUUCUCUGUGGUGGAGACGGCUGGGCCGGGCACCCUGGUAGGCCGGCUGCGAGCCCAGGACCCAGAUCUGGGGGACAACGCCCUCAUGGCGUACAGCAUCCUGGACGGAGAGGGGUCCGAAGCCUUCAGCAUCAGCACAGACUCCCAGGGUCGAGACGGGCUCCUCGCUGUCCGCAAGCCCCUGGACUUCGAGACCCGACGCUCCUAUUCCUUCCGCGUGGAGGCCACCAACACCCUCAUCGACCCAGCCUACCUGCGGCGAGGGCCCUUCAAGGACGUGGCCUCCGUGCGCGUGGCCGUGCAGGACGCCCCAGAGCCGCCUGCCUUCACCCAGGCUGCCUACCACCUGGCGGUGCCUGAGAACAAAGCUCCUGGGACGCUGGUGGGCCGAGUCUCAGCGGCAGACCUGGAUUCCUCAGCCAGCCCAAUCAGAUACUCCAUCCUCCCCCACUCGGAUCCAGAGCGCUGCUUCUCCAUCAAGCCCGAAGAUGGCACCAUCCGCACAGUGGUGCCCCUGGACCGCGAGGCUCGCAUCUGGCACAACCUCACAGUGCUGGCCACAGAGCUUGACAGCUCCGCACGGGCCUCCCGUGUGCAAGUGGCCAUCCAGAUCCUGGACGAGAAUGACAACGCUCCCCAGCUGGCUGAGCCCUACGACACCUUCGUGUGUGAUUCUGCAGCCCCCGGCCAGCUGAUUCAGGUCAUCCGGGCCCUGGACAGAGACGAGGUGGGCAACAGUAGCCGUGUCUCCCUUCAAGGUCCUCUGGGCCCCGAUGCCAACUUCACUGUCCGAGACAACCGAGAUGGCUCCGCCAGCCUGCUGCUGCCCUCUCGCCCUGCUCCGCCCCGCCAGGCCCCCUAUCUGGUUCCCAUAGCACUGUGGGACUGGGGGCAGCCAGCCCUGAGCAGCACUGCCACCGUGACAGUCAGCGUGUGCCGCUGCCGGCCCGAUGGCUCCGUGGCUUCCUGCCGGCCCGAGGCUCAGCUCUCACCCACUGGGCUCAGCACUGGGGCCCUGCUUGCCAUCGUCACCUGUGUGGGCACCCUGCUCGGUGAGUCGGGCCACCUUGGCACGUAGAUGUGGGGCCGGAGCCUGCAGGGGCUGGAGAGAGGGGCCAGGGCCCUGGACCUAGGGAACUCCACCCCGGGGCUUAGAGGAUGCGCCCGUGCGCGGAUUUUCCCACUCCCUCGUGUGUCCAAGAGAAGAGCUCCGGCCUCCGGCCCUGGCAUUACCAGUCCGCAGUGACAGCAGCAGGCCGUAAAAACUGGUUAUUGAAGCCUGACUCUGGACGGUGCGUGGUGCCCGGCGCAUCACUUGUGCUAUUUCGUGUCAUCCUUUCAACAGCCCUAAGAGGGAAAUUCGUUUUCCCGGUGUUCCACACCAGCCCUCUAAGGGUCAGAGGUUCAGAGAAGCGAAGCAACUUCCCACAGUCACACGGCGAGUGCGGGAUGAAGUCAGGCCUCAAACGAGGCCUGCCAGGGCUUAAACCCGGGUCUCGCCUCCCCUCGGCCACACUGGCUCCUCCGUCUCCCAAGCCGCGUGCGGCCCCGGGACGGAAGCAGGCGGCGCGCUCCGGGGCGCCGCGGGCUCAGCGGCCUU